UAUUCAGAGAGAAAAAGAGAUGGAAAUGGAGAAGAGGUUGUAUGAAGCUGCUCUUGAAGGAAAUGUUUCAAGCUUGAAAACAAUAAUCAAAGAAGACCCUUUAAUUCUUGAUAGAAUAUCUUCAACCUUCUAUCAAGAUACUCCUCUACACAUUGCAAUCCUACGAGGAUACCUCGAGUUUGCAAAGGCGGUACUUAGUUACAACCCUAGGCUUGCCACCGAGAGUGACUUGCUCGGCCACUUGCCCCUCCACGUCGCUUCCACCAAAGGACAUACGGAGAUCAUCCAUGAGCUGGUACGUGUUAGUCCGAGUUCUUGCCUAGCUCGUACCAAGGAUGGGAAGUUGCCCCUUCACUUGGCUAUAAGUAAAGGCGUUCGAGUUGAGGUGGUAAGGGAGUUGGCUCAAGCAUGUCCUGAGUCAAUGCAAUCAAGAGUGGAUAGAGGAGAUACUGUUUUGCACUUGUGUGUUAAGUUUGAAAACUUGGAUGCUUUUCAAGUAAUAUUGGAGUUGUUGAAUGGUGAAAAAGAUGGUAACAACUUAUUGAAUGUAAGAAAUGAUGAUGGCAAUACUAUCUUACAUUUAGCUGCUCUUCAAAGGCAUUUGGAGAUUACAAAACACUUGCUAGCAAUACCAGGCAUUGAACCAAAUGCAAUGAACAACAAUGGUCUUACAGCCUUAGAUUUGGUUGAAAAUUCACCUAAAGACUUAAAAGGACUUGAGCUACUCAACUUCCUUCUACAAUCGAACGCUAUUAAACGAUCAACCAACACUCAUUCAUCUCUCUCAGCCGCGAUAACCCAACCGCCAACAACACAUCCUAGGCAACCAAGGCCUAAAAAGUCCUGGACAAAGUUUUUCACCUUCAAUAGUCAUAACCAGUUACAAGAUAUGAAAGGUGAAAUAUUUAUUACCGCGGCUAUAAUAGCCGCGAUAAAUGCAUUGCCUAUCAUCUACAUGAGGGUAAAUGGACCGGAUUUAACCGGUCAAUAUGUGAUCAACUCGGCUUCAUUUGUGCCUGCUGUUACAAUAAUGUUGCUAAUAGUAGCCGGUUUUCCCUUAAGUAACAAGCUUUGUGCUUGGCUUGUGAUACAAUGUUUGUACACUUCAAUUGGAUUUUUGGGGUUGAAUUAUCUUGGAGAGAUGGUCUCAAAUGAAAGUCGAUACUCAACUGUGAAUUUUGUGUUUAUUUUCGUGUCGAUUUGGUUCGGGUUGCUUAUGUUAGUAAGUGCACUAAAUGUCAUUCGUUUGAUUGUGUGGAUAGUGAAGAGCAUCAAAAUGUGUAUGAAGCGUAGAAGGUUGCGCCUUGGAAGAGAGAAUUCUAUGGCAAAUAAUGCUUAAUGUAAGGGUGAAUAUUGUACAUUAAAAGUUUGUAAUUGCUGCUCAAAUUUACUUUUAUUUCUUUGAUCUGAUGUAACACUAGUCAAAGUUUCCUCUGUUUUUUCUUUUUAGAAAAAAAAAAAAGUUUCCUCUGUUUAAAAUAACAUGGUUUAUGUAUUGAUUGAUUA